UCAUUACGUUUUGAACUCAAACCCGAGCGGGCGCGCAAGUACUUUCCGAGAGCGCUCAAUUAAUUAAUUGUGAGCCCAUGUGCACGUGUAUGUGUGUGUGUCAGCGGUGCGUGUGCGGGAGGGAGAACGAAGAUUAUUAGCUGAGCGGCCAACUCCCAAAUCGAGAACAGAGCGGCAAAAGAAAACAACGCAAAAUGCAAUAGUGACAACUCCGAGCGGAAUGCAGGCUUUGUGCAAUAAUAAUCACUACUUGAAAUCGGUUCGGCGAAAUCUGUAGCGAAAUGCUUCUGUUGGCGGCGGUUUUAUUGUGAAAACGAAUUUCAACUACGUGUUGCUCUUUUGUUGCCUAAUUUUCGGUUUUGUUGUUUUUAUUUUCGCAAACGAAAGUCUGCCGAUCUGCAUGUGUGAGUGGUGAUCGGGUAGACGACAGUGUCGGUGUUGGUGGUAAAAGCGGCGCCGAAGACAGCAGCAACAACAAAAGCCUUCAAGAUGACUGUGUGGAGCGAUUGCAAUGCCAAGCAGGCAUUCGGCAUUGCCAAGUGCAAUUUCGACCAGGAGACGAAGCCACAUCGCCUCAAUCUGGAUGUGGGCGAUGCGGUCAUAAUACUCAAGGAGACCACGCACUGGUACUACGGCUACAGGCAAAAAGCCAAGGAAACACGCGGCAUAUUUCCCAAGAGUUAUAUACAUUUGUGCGAGUACAAUAUCGUGAACGGGGAGUUUUGCAUUCAGCGAACGGAUAUUGUUGAGGAGAUCACCAAAGUGCUCCUGGAGUGGGGAGGCAUAGCAAAGGACUACUUUCUGUCUACAAAUCCCAGCUUUCCAAAGAUUCGCCGGAAGAUGAACGAGUUAAACAAUAAUCGGGCGGCCUUGAUCUCUGGAAAUCUGCCUCUGGACGAGGUGCGCAAGGUUAAGCUGCAGGCCACUAACCAGAUUGAUACGGGUAACAAGCUCCUCGGCCUGGACAUGGUGGUAAGGGAUGAGAGCGGCAACAUUCUGGACACCAAUGCCAUUUGCACCACCGAGCUGUACGAGCAGCACGUGCACGCCAUCCAGCGUAUCGACAAGGCCAAUCGGCUUUCCACCGAACGCGGAACGACGCGAACCCUGAACAAGUUCUCGCACAACAUCCUGCUGCACGUGAACGCCUUCGUUUGCAAGUUCCAGGAGGAUUCCGACCUGCUCUUCACCCUCUUCGACGGAGAGACUCACAAGCCCAUCAGCGAGAACUAUGUGGUAAAGUGGUCACGCACAGGAAUCGCUCGGGACAUCGAGCAGAUCGACAACAACCGAGUGCUUUUCACCGAUCUCAGCAAGAGCGAUCUGGGCAUCGCCAAAAUGUACCUAGUGUGCUAUGCCAUUCGCAUCGGAGCCAUGGAGUUCAAGGAGUCAACGGAUGGCAAGCGGACCAGCAUGAGCAUAGCUAACAGCAUGCUCAAUGCAUCCAGUCGCAAGGCUUCGCAGCUGUCGGUUAGUUCUAGUGGUUCCUCUGGCAGUACGGGCGAGUAUAUCAUCCGGCGGCCCUUUGGAGUGGCCUGCAAGGACCUCACGCCAAUCAUCAGUAAGGCGGAGGACUUUCGCGGCAAUUUGGACUUGCCGUUCAUUAUGUGCGACAAGGAUACGCUGGAUGGAACGCUUCGCAAGCUAAUCAGCAACAAGGACAUUGGCAAGAUCGACUCCAAGAUGGCGGUGACCAUCGAGGUGCUGCGCGGCGACAUUAAGCAGAUUAAGGAGGAUUUCCCACGCCUGGUGCACACCAACGUACCAGUGGCUCGCAAAAUGGGCUUCCCCGAGGUCAUUCUGCCCGGUGAUGUGCGCAAUGAUCUCUACCUGACCAUCUGCAGCGGAGAAUUUGCGCGCAUUGCCAAAACCUCGGAGAAAAAUGUGGAGGUUUCAGUGUGUGUGGCCAACGAUCAGGGUUACCUUAUUCCCGGUGUGCUCAGCAUUGGAGCCGGCCACCCACCCAUUGAUGAAUACAAAUCAGUGGUGUAUUACCACGAUGACAAGCCCAAGUGGCAGGAGACCUUCAAGAUCCACGUGCCCAUCGAGGACUUCAAGCAGUGCCAUUUGCGCUUUGUGCUCAAGCACCGCAGCAGCAACGAGCAGAAGGAUCGCACCGAAAAGCCAUUCGGCCUGGCCUACGUACGCUUGAUGCAGGCCAACGGAACGACCAUUCCCCAGGGCCAGCACAUCCUCGCCGUCUACAAGAUCGAUCACAAGAAGUACGAUAAAACGGUGGCCAACAGCUACAUGGAGCUGCCAGCCACAGUGGCCGAGUUGCAGGGCACUAGGCCCUCAACCAGUGGACUUAGCCUGCUGCCCAAGGACCAGCUCUCAAUUGGCGUCAACUUGUGCAGCACCAAACUUACGCAGAGCGUGAGUCUGCUUGGCCUCCUCAAUUGGUCCGCCCACAAGGAGACGCUGGAGCAGUCACUGACUGCCCUGUCCACGGUGCCCGGCGAGGAGGUGGUCAAAUUCCUGCAGGACAUACUCGAUGCGUUGUUCAACAUCCUUGUGGAGAACGACCAGCCCGAGAAGUACGAUCAGCUGGUCUUCAUGAGCAUCAUACAUCUGAUUGAAACCGUGUCCGAUCUCAAGUACCAGCACUUUCUCACCGUUCUAGAUGUGUACAUCAACGAGAGUUUCUCCUUUACGCUGGCGUAUACCAAACUAAUGGAUGUGCUGCAGAAGAACAUCAGCGAUGCCAUAACGCCGAAGGAGAAGUCCGUCGACGGGAACACGCACGAGGAGAGUGCAGAGGUCCGACGGCUCUAUAAGACCACGCGGUACCUGCACUACGUAAUGAAGUUUGUGAUCCGUUCGCGGGUGCUUUACGCCGAGAUGAACUGCAACACGGACUACGUGGACUUUGCCACGCGGCUGCAGGAGCUGCUACGCAUGUUCAUCGAUAUGAUUGGAUGUCCCAGCAAUCUGCUAAAGUCCGAGGGAGCGCUGCUCAAGAACCUGCACAUUAUAGCCACCGAUCUGAUGCAGGUCUUCGAUCAGGUGCGCUUGAGCGUAUCUAUUGUGGAGAUCCUCGAGAAGUUCCCGCCACGCCGACUCACACAGUCCAAGAUGGGCUGCAUCAAGGAUUUUGUCGACACAAAGCUCUUCACUUUGCCCAAAUGUCGUGCCAUUUUGCUACCCGUGUUUUGUAAGCACAUCAGGGAUCAUCUCGAGAGCAAGGAGGAGGGAGACUCGAAAACCGAUAUCUGGCAGCAAGAAAAGAAUCUUUCGAAAGCCGCCAAAGUGCUCGGACAGAAAAAAUCCCAACUGCACACAUGUGAUACUACUGCCAACAAAAAGAUUGCCGAGUGCAUCAACAUCAUGAACAAUAUACUGAAGCUGCUCUUCCGCUCGGAUGUGGGCUCCACGCACAACGAUGUCCGCGACAUCAUGAUCAUCUUGCUGCGCACGGUGAUGAAGGCCGCCCGGGUUUUGGACAGAGACACGGGGCUGGUGGGCAGGUUUUUUGCCAUCAUGCUGGGUAUCCUGCAGCGCAUGGAUGCCCAGCACUAUGAAUAUCUGGUGAAGGAUCUGCAUCAGCGCGACGAGCUGAAGGACUUUGUCAUAGAGAUUCUGCUGGUGUUCGAAGAGCUGGUGUCACCGCACUUGAAGGAGGUUUUCCCGCGCGAUUGGAUGGACAUGAUCAUGCACCAGAACACUGUUAUCCUUGGAGCACUGAAGAACCUAAGUGUGGUCAUAACAGACUACUUCCUGUGUCCGUUUGAACGGCAGAUCUGGUCGAACUUCUUCCAGUGCUCCAUCGCCUUCCUGGUGCAGUCGCCGUUGCAGUUGAACGACUUCAAUGACAACAAGAGGCAGAUAGUGUUCGCCCGGUAUCGUGAUAUCCGGAAGGACACGGCGACGGAGAUCCGGAAGAUGUGGUUCCAGCUGGGCCAGCACAAGCCCAAGUUCAUACCGCAGCUGGUGGAGCCCAUACUGGAGAUGAGCAUGAUCCCGGAGAAGGAGCUGCGUCAGGAGACCAUUCCCAUCUUCUUCGACAUGAUGCAGUGCGAGUACUACAGCUCCCGGCUGGAGCAGGAGAGCUACGGGGACACCAAGUUCAAUAAUGCCCACCACAAGGGGAACUUCUCCGACUUUAAGACGGCGAUGAUUGAGAAGCUCGACAUCCUAAUCGGAGCCGGCAAGGGCGAUGCGGAGUACAAGCAGCUGUUCGAGACCAUCAUGAUGCAGCGCUGUGCUGCGCACAACACCUUGAAUGUGGAUGGUACAGCCUUUGUGGAGAUGGUCACCCGGCUGAUGGAGAAGCUGCUGGAGUACCGCUUUAUCAUCCAAGACGAGAGCAAGGAGAACCGCAUGGCGUGCACCUUUUCGCUGCUCCAGUUCUACUCCGAAGUGGACCUCAAGGAGAUGUACAUUCGGUAUGUGUACAAGCUCUGUGCCCUCCACAUGGAGUUCGAGAACUACACCGAAGCGGCCUUCACUCUCAAGCUGCACACGGAGCUGCUGCGGUGGACGGACACGGCGUUGUCGCUGCAGCUGCGCAGCUUCCGGCAUCCGAACUGCGUAACCCACCGCCAGCUGAAAGAGGCCCUCUACUUCGAGAUCAUGGAGUACUUUGACAAGGGCAAGCAGUGGGAGUGCGCCAUCGACAUGUGCCGCGUGCUGGCACGCCAGUACGAGGAGGAGACCUAUGACUAUCUGAAGCUGGCGGAGCUAUUGAAGAUGAUGGCCAUGUUCUUCGAGAAGAUCAUCAAGGAACUGCGCCACAAUUCCGAGUACUUCCGGGUGUGCUUCUACGGCCGGGGAUUCCCGCGUCUCCUCCAGAACCGCGUUUACAUCUUCCGGGGCAAGGAGUACGAGCGGCACAGCGACUUCUGCGCCCGGAUGCUGGUCCAGCACCCGCAGGCCGAGCUCAUGCAAACGUUGGAGGCGCCCGGCGAGGACAUCACCAACAGCGACGGUCAGUACAUACAGGUGAACAAGGUGGAGCCGAUAAUGGACCAGUCCUACAACAAGUUCAACGACAAGAUCGUAAACAACGAGAUCGUCAAGUACUUUGCCGCCAACAACGUACAGAAGUUCCAGUUCUCGCGUCCCUUCCGCGACAGCAGCGGCGGUGGUGGUGGUAACAUGGACGAUGUGAGGAAUCUGUGGCUGGAACGCACAGAGCUGCUCACCCGCUUCCCGCUACCGGGAAUACUGCGCUGGUUCCCCGUCAUUGAGACCAACACUUUCAAGAUCUCGCCGCUGGAACGGGCCGUUGAGAUAAUGAAGGACACAAAUCGGGACAUUCGGCAGCUGGUCAUCCUGCACAGGAGCGACGACAAGCUGCACAUCAAUCCGUUGAGCAUGAAGCUCAGCGGCAUCGUGGAUCCGGCCGUGAUGGGUGGCUUUGCCAAGUACGAGGAGGCCUUCCUCACCGAAGAGUACUUGGAACAGAAUCCCGACGACAGGGACCUGGUUGAGGAGCUAAAGGAGCUAAUUGCUAAUCAGAUUCCUCUGCUGGAUAUAGCCAUUGGAAUUCACCGACAACGGGCGCCCGACAGCUUGAGGGCAAUGCAGGAGCACCUGGAGGAUUGCUUCAGUGAGAUGCAGCAGCAUGUGGAGUUACGCUACGGCUGCCGGGCGUGCGACCUGAAGAGCGUACGGGAUACGGUGGUGAUGCGACGCACCAACUCUAUACUGCCGACCCUCUUCGAUGGCAGCAACAUCAACCGGCACUCGGAGACGAGCAUGGGUUCAUCAGACAGCGGCCUGUCGAAGUCAACGUUUCUGCCGCGGCCACAGACCUCUUCGAUCAAGACCACUCUGGCCAGCUUUAGCUUUAACACCAGACCCAGUUUGGGACACUCGCCGAGCACCAAGAGCAGCAAGACCAAGGACAAGACCCCCGCCAAACGGCGAUCCAUGAAAAAGGAUCGCGAGGCCCUCAGCUUGCCCAGCAGUCAGUGGUAUACCCCGCCAUUGAGCACCAUUACCUCGACGCCCGAGAAGGAGAUCAACACGUCCAUAGCAUCUUUGGGCAGCGUGUCCAACAGCUCUUUGAGUGGUCCCAAGACGCCAGAUCCUCAUGUCCUCACCGAGGAGCUCACGCCCAAGCGACCUUUGCGCUCGGAAAAGGAAAAGGAGCGCCGGCUGUCGCGCCCAGCCAGUAUAGCCACGCCCACGGCCAGCAUCAAGAACUUCCCCGACACACGAUCCCUGUCCGAGAGCAGCAAUCGCAACUCAGUCGAGACCACAGAUUCCACAUCGGAGGAGGACAUUCAACCGCCGCCGUUGCCCGCCAAGGCCCGAGAUUCCACGGACUUUUCCAGCCUGUCUCAGAAUAUGGAUUGGACACCCAAUGGCUAUGCGAUGCUGGGCACCCUGAGCAGCACCAGCACCAGCAGCAUGAGCACCACAUCGACCCUGACAAAGACCAGUAUUACGAACACCACGUACGAGUAUUUGGAGGCCACUAACUUUACCCUAGUGGAUGGCAGCAAGCCACGUCCACCGACGCCGCCGCCGAAGCCAUCGCGCCACAGCAAGCACAUUCCAUGAUAAGGGUUAGCCGAGGGUAAAGGUGUGUCUCUGUCCCAAAGCUUCCAGUGUAGCGCCAUAAAAAUGUUGAAACGUUUACGUUGUCGAGUGCCAAAUAUGUUGUAUUCCUGUUACUACAUGUAUAGCGGCGGCAAUUGAGCCACAAAGCACCGACCUAUCGCCUCAACCUACGACCAAAUCAAGUGUCUUAAAAAACGAUCGAUCGCAUUAGAUUAUCCGAUUACUUUUAGCUUUGGUGUUAAGUGUUUCGCUUACGUUUAAAUGAUAUUAUGUUGAACAUGCGGUCAUUUUUGUCGUCAACUGCUUGUCUUCCACAAGUACUAAAUAAUAAUGUGUGUUGUACCUUAAGUUAUCUACAACUUAGUUAUAAGCCGAAAGCUGUAAUUCGUACGUUUCUUUAUGCAAACAAGUGCCACAAGUCUAUAUGCAAUAGCAACUAUCUACGAUUUUACGAGCAUGCAUAUUAAUGGUUUUAGCACAAAUUUACUAACAAGUCAAUUACAAAAACGAAACGAAAUCUUGUAUGCCUCAAAUUUUAGAUAAUGUAAUUUUUUAAAGAAUGCAUAUUUACACUGCUGUUUUUUAUUUUUUUUUGAACGAUUCAGAAAUAGCCAUAAUUUAGAGCAACUAACCGAUGAGAUUAAUUCGGUAGACGUAUUAUAUAAAUACUAUAUAUAUCAAGGCACAACUAUUUUAACAAUGUCGAGUAUACACAUGUAUAUUUCAUGUUUAGCAACAAUCAAUGUAUAAUUUUCUUGUGUUUUAAAUGGAUUCUGUGUAAUUCGCGAUCUGUGUAUCGGCCAAAGAUUAAGCAAUAAUGACUAGCAUUAAGCGUUUGACCAUUAUGUUACCUGUAUUAAACUAUAUACAACCUUGAACCUUGAAAUAAAGAACAACUUACAAUUUUA